AUGACAAGGCCACAGCUUUGUUCCCUCAUGAGACGGCCCUCCAUGAUACUGCUCCUCGCCCUCAUUGCUUCGACGGUAUCGCCAACGCAGGCCUUUGGCUUACUGCUACGAAGCUCCGACUCAUGUCCAAGCAACUAUAACAAGUGUGCAGACAGCAAGUUGCCGGAUGAUUUCUGCUGCUCUAGCUCGUCAACAUGCAUCAGCCUGGACGACUCCAGCUCUGCUAUCUGCUGUCCCAGCGGACAGAGCUGUGACUACAUCGAAACAAUAACCUGCGAUGUGCAGCUGCAGAAUGCAACAGCACAUCCGAAGAACUCCGUCAAGACAACGCGACUAGACGACUCCCUCCCCAAAUGUGGCGACAAAUGCUGUCCCUUUGGCUACACCUGCACAGGGGACUCGCUCUGUGCCAUGAACACAUCCAGUGCAUCCACUCUCAGCGCCAGCCAGUCAUCCACAACAUCCACGACAGGGACCACAUCCUCCACAGGAACCAUCACUUCCUUCACAACCUCCGCCUCUACAACCGAUGCUUCCAAUCCCACCAUCGUCCCCGUCACGACUGGCUCCUCCAAGACCGCCAUCUCUGACAACAACAGCAGCAGCAGCACCAACGGCACCUCCUCAGCAGCCGCACUAUCCUCCAAAGCCUCCUGCCCAUCCUACCCCACCAACGCCAUUAUAGCAGGCUUCUUCCCCGGGGCCAUCUUCGGCGCCGUCCUAGCCCUUCUAGCCCUCUUCCUCUACCGCAAACACCAGCAGAAACACCAACCCCCCUCAGCCAAAGUAGCCCAAUUUACCCGCCGCUCCUCAAAAGGCACACUCAUCGGCAUCUCCUCCCCAAUUCCCUCCGACGAAACCUCCUACCGAACAGACUUCCUCCUCCGCCGUAACCGCAACACAAAGCGAUACUCCGAAGGCGCUCGCUCACGCAUCCAACGCACCGGGACCCGAGUCCGGAGUCUCUUCAACCCCAACAAUGCUCCUCCCCUACCGAAGGCCAAUCCCGCAAAGACCCUCGUCCCAGAGCACGGCGGUGGAGCGAUGCAUGCUCGUGUACCGGUGCCUGUUCCUCCGUUGCCUAUCUCCGUGACGCCGUUGCAGCCUGGGCGGACGCCGUCGAAGAAGACACUGGCCCGUACGGAAAGCAUUAGGGUAUAUACGCCGCCGGGGGUGUUUGCUACAACGGGUGUCUUGAAACCAGAACCUUAUCCAACGCAUAUAAGGACGGAGGGGACAUUUGAUGAUAUGGAGAAGUGA